AUGGGGUACCUCCAGAAAUUGAAAUUCUACAUCAAGUCGUUCAUAUUCGGUUCCCUCAUUGCUUCGUGUGCCCUUUACGGUGUGUUUGCCUCGAUCUUCCUUCGAAUUAUUGGCAAGUCCGAAUAUGCACAGUACACGGUGGCCAGGGCGUUCUACCAUCUGUUCAGCCGCUUGUUGGGUAUCAAAAUAGUUAUCAAGAACGAACACUUGUUGCAUAAAAAACCUGCCGUGGUGAUCUCCAACCACCAGUCUGCAUUGGACAUCUUGGUGUUGGGAAAGAUUUUCCAGCCAGGCUACACCGUCACGGCCAAGAAGGCCUUGAAGUACCUUCCUUUCUUGGGAUGGUUUAUGCUUGCAUCGAAGACCUUUUUCUUGGACAGAGCUAGGGGCGAGAAGGCUAGAAAAGUGUUGGAUCAGGCGCUUUUGAGCUUGAAAGAGAAUGACAGAGCGCUCUUCAUGUUCCCUGAGGGUACUCGUUCAGCCAUCAAAAAGUUGGACAUGCUUCCAUUCAAGAAAGGUGCAUUCCACCUCGCCAAGCAGGCGAAAAUUCCUGUGAUCCCAGUGGCGGUGCAAAACUACAGCACUUUGUUCCACUCGAGGGACAAGAUCUUCAAACGUGGAGAGAUUGUCAUUGAGGUGAUGGAGCCUGAGUCGAGCGACCACUUGGAGACAAAAGAAGAUGUGGACGAGUUCGUCAUUCUGAUCAGAAACAAGAUGCUCAAGUCGAUCGAGAGCAUGGGUUACGCUUCCACCGUUGACGAAAAGAAGCCUACCCCAGCAUCGCCCGUCGAACAGGAAAGCAACGAGGCGGCAUCGGAUGAGAGCGUGGAGGUGAUUUCUGAGUCGACCCCUUUGAUCUCCACUGACUAG